AAAUUCUUAGCCAAUUUAGUCCAUGGUAUACAAGAAAAUUUAAAUUAUUUCAAAUUAAUACGCUUUUCUAUUGAAUAUGAGUGAUACGGUUACAAUAGAAACCAAGGCUUUUGCUAAGUUGGUCUUACAUGCUGCAAAGUAUCCCCACUGCGCUGUAAACGGGGUGCUUAUUGCGGACGCAUCCAAAAUCAAAGACGGCAACAGGAACCAGGACCUGGAGGUUGUGGACGCAAUCCCACUCUUCCACCACAGCCACUAUGUCACUCCGAUGGCUGAGGUUGCGUUGACCCAGAUUGACAAUAUGGUACAAGCAGAAAACCAAGUAGUGGUUGGAUACUAUGCAGCCUGUGAGAACUUCAAUGACAACAGCAUUGAAGACUGUCCCGGACAAAAAAUUGCUGAGAAAAUAGCAGAAAUGUUCCCUGGUGCAAUAUUUAUAGUGAUUGACAACAAGAAGUUGGUCCAGCAAUUGGACUCCGCACCGGUGAAGCUGCACAAGUGGAAUGAUGGCAAAUGGAAACCCAAGCCUGCUAACAGUAUAGAUUUCCAAACUCCAUAUGCUUUGGAGACUGUCUCCCAUCUGCUUCAGCGAGGGGUUCAGAAAGACUUGGUGGACUUUGACAACUAUCUGGAUGACCUUACAAUGGACUGGACCAACCUCGGAAUUGAGAAGUUAGUGGCUAGUCUCAAUGCAUCCAACUCUGUUGACUUUAUGGAUAAGAAUUUCUAGGAUGGUUAACAUGGGGAUGGUAAGUAUUGAUUGUAUUUUAAGAAUGGUAAGGUGUAAAACUAUGAAAUAAUUUAUUGUGAGUGUGAGGUGUACCUCAAAACUAAAUGCAACUUUGUAUAAUACAUAUGGAUAGUAAAUUAUGUAUUGAUAUGUGUAAUAUAUGAUGAUAUAAAUCUUAACAAGUGGAUUGUUGCAGAUAAAAGAUUAGGAGUUUGAAUGUAAUUAAUAUAUUCAUGAACCAAAGUGCAUUUUUAAAACUAUUCUAUGAACUCAAAAUAUAACUUGUUUUGUUCUAGAAUAAACAAAUAUCAUUUUUUUUGUUGUGAUUUAAGUAUAUCAUUGAUUAUUUAUGUUUAUGUUAAUAAUCACUAUAGAUUACUUGUAUGUGUACCUAUCUAUAAAUUACAGACUUAUUUAACAAAUACAAAA